AUGAAGUUCGCCCAUUCUUUGGCAAGCUUUGCAGCCAUAAUUGCUACAGCCAAAGCAGUCACAUUAACCAUCGAAGUUACUCUUCCCACACAGACUACUUGGGUGGUUGUUACUCGCACAGUCUCAAGCUAUUUUAUCCAAACAACUGCGUUAACAUCGCCACCAGCAACUUUAGUUGAAGCGGCUAUAUUAUACGUCCCUCCAGCAAGCAUAGAAGAGGCACCAUCCCCAUCAAGUCUAGUACAGGUCCCAUCCCCAUCAAGCUCAACUUCUGCAGCAGAUUCUACUUUCUCGAGUUCUGUCAGUUUGUCUGAAGCCACGUCCACCACAUCCUCCUCAUCAAGUAGUGUUUCCUCGACUGUGUCCCUGAUCUCCUUGGCCAUAGUUGAUGGACUGCAAUCUUCAAUGAUAGUCGACGAAGCACCAGCAAUUCCUGUAGUAAUUGACGUUGACCCAGAAGUUACCGAUCCAAAUCCACAACAAGAAUUGCCCCAACCAGUUCCAGAUGCUGACGAUGACUCAGAAGCUGCCGAUCCAAAUUCACAAGAAGAAUUCCCAGAACCAGGUUCAGAUACUAACGAUGAAACACCAGAUCCAGUUACAAAUACCGAUGAAGAAGAACCCGCCGGUUCAGUUGAUGACACUAUUCCAACUGAGGAUAUAGAUUGGUCCUAUCGUAUGGUAGAAGCUCAUAAUUUCUACAGAGCACAACACGGUGUUGGCAAUUUGAUUUGGAGCAAUGAAUUACAGCAAUUUUCCAAAGAAUACGCAAGGACGUAUGAUUGUCUGGGUGUGUUAGUACACUCUGACAGCCCAUAUGGGGAAAACUUAGCAGCUGGAUAUCUUGAUGUUAAUGGAGUUGAUGCUUGGUAUUUGGAGGAAAUUGAACUUUACGACUUUACUGAUCCUGGUUGGCUGGAUCGGGUUGGCCAUCUCACCCAACUUCUUUGGAAAGAUACUACUAAAGUUGGGUGUUAUAGAAAACCAUGUGAUGGAUUUGCUUAUACUCAGUAUACAAUUUGUGAAUACUGGAUUCAAGGUAACAUAGUUACCACGGCCGACUUGAGAGGUGUCGAAAACUUUCGAGUACAGGUUCCUCCUCUUCUUCAGGAGCCAUACCUACCAAGGCCAGGUUCAACAGUAGAGCCCUGGUACAACAGGAAUGACAGUUAG